CCCCCCCCCCCCCCUCUCCCCCUUACAAACCUCGCCCCCUGAGAGGUUACGGCGGUAACAUCUGAAACCGCCCUUUCAUACAUAACGUGCUGGAAAAGCUGCAGCAUUUCGUAGUUCUAGAGCCUCAAAAUAGAAUGCCCCAGACUGCGCCACGGCUCUCUUCGACCUGCCUGUCCUGUCACAUUCGCGAGGAGUACUGUAUUUGCAUCGCCGCAGAGGCCAUCGUUCUUCGACGUGUAGAGAAGCAGAGAAGGGGUCCUGCAUGCCAUUUUCAUGUCAUUAUCCCAGCCGCGCUCGUCGCGGGGGAGGCGCAAAGACCUCCCCGGGAAGAGAAAAAGCACUGUUCGUACUGUAGCCACACUCCCGGCAGAGCUCUUGUAUGGGUUGACGAAGCUCCCUUCCUCGAAGCCAGCGUUGCCACUCUCGACUCGCCACCGCCUGCUGUGUCCAGUCCUUCCAGUCCUUCCAUCUUACGGCCCGAUGUUUCACUUUUCACAGCUGAAGACAGAAGGAGGAAACGCAAGGAAGUCUGCGAGAAGAGUGCGUGCAUGGUUUUGGCUUGGCUUGGCUGGCUCGUUACCACAGCCGAAGGCUUCGAGGUAUAUCAGCGCUCUUAUAGACGUCCCACAUCAGUUCCAUCCAGAAAUUUGCGGGAACAUUUGUCGAUCAUUCCACUGCUGGAGCAGUGGAGUGCCGCGGUCCCUUGUGGUUGGCGGUGGGAGCUCAAGGGGGAACGGAGAGAAGUCGAGAAGCGCCCUGCGUUGCGCUGCCUGGUACCUACCAAGUAGACGGGUAAAAGGCGGGUUGAGACUUGAAAGGUCCUAGUGGCCUAAGGCCUUCCACAUCGGGGACCCCUAUGCAUCCGGCACCUGGGCGUGGGCGUGGGCGUGGGCGUGGGCGUGUUCGUCCGACCUUCUUAAUAAACGACGACAUCCCGGGAGAAGCGUGGCAGCGACGGCGGCGGCAGCGGCAGCUUGACAACCCUUCGGCAGGCCAGGCAAAUGAAUAUCCCGACUCCCGCACAGCCAGUCAUUUCGGCUUCCAGGCUCGGCUUUUCGCGGCGCUGGCUGGCUCGCGUAUCUUGCUGGCCUCGCCGUGCGUAAUCGCCUCUCACCUCGCCUCUCGCGUCUUGACUCCUGCGUCUUCACACUCGAACCAGGGCAAUGGGGAGGCUAGCCC